AAACACGGAGCUGGAAAGCCGGAGUGAAGCUGACGCGUCGUCAGGAUUCACUGAGCGUCUCCUCAUCACAGCCUGGGCGCACUGACACCACCAUGGGAAACCCCAGAGUGUUCUUUGACAUCACCAUAGAUGGAGCUCGCACCGGCAGGAUUAUCAUGGAGCUCCGGGCUGAUGUUGUCCCAAAGACUGCAGAAAAUUUCCGUGCUUUGUGCACCGGAGAGAAAGGUUUUGGCUACAAAGGCUCCACGUUUCAUCGUGUCAUCCCUAGUUUCAUGUGCCAGGGAGGAGACUUCACCAACCACAAUGGAACUGGAGGCAAAUCCAUCUAUGGCGAGAAGUUUGCUGAUGAGAACUUCACGCUGAAGCACAAGGGCAUGGGGACACUGUCCAUGGCCAACGCAGGGCCCAACACUAACGGAUCACAGUUCUUCAUCUGUACAGCCGACACCGACUGGCUCAACGGGAAACACGUGGUGUUUGGCAGCGUUGUGGAGGGCGCUGAUGUUGUCAAGGCGAUAGAGAAGCAAGGCACAAAGAGUGGCACUCCUAAAUCCAAGGUUGUCAUUGCCGACUGUGGUGAACUAAAAUAGUGUGUCUCCUUCAUGUCCACCUGCUCUCCUUUAUCAUCCCAGUUAAACUCUAAGCAUCAGCGUAUCAGCAGUAUCACUAGAAAAAACACCCAGUGAACCCACUUUCUCCUCUUUAAAAUGUUUGUCUACUGUGUUGACAUUUGUUCUGUAAUAUUUUGUACCUUCUAAUCUGUCCUUUAAGGGCCACAUUUGUUAACAAAAUCUGAAUAAAAUGAUGAUGGUGUAAAUAAAA